AUGACUUACUUCAAUCAGACUGUGGCAACUCAGAUACAGGACUAUCGACUUCACACCCCUAUGGACUUUUUCAUUGUUAACCUUUCUUCAUUGGACAUUGGAUUUACCACAGUCUCUGUGCCUAAAAUGCUGGUCAACAUUGCUACAGAGAAACGAACAAUAUCCAUUUCUGGCUGCUUUAUCCAACAAUACCUCUUCUACUUCCUGGGUUCAGCAGAAUGCUUUUUGCUGGCAUCUAUGUCUUAUGACCGAUACCUGGCUAUUUGCAAUCCACUACACUACACUACUUUGAUGAAUCAAGAGAUGUGUUCCCAGCUGGUCUUUGGCUCUUGGUUGGGUGGCUUCCUGGCUCCAGUAUUGCCCUCAAGUUUCCUUUUCCAGAUGCCUUUCUGUGGCUCAAAUGUUAUCAACCACUUUUUCUGUGAUGCUCCACCUCUUUUGAAGCUCUCUUGCAAGGAUAUCUUUGAGGCUGAAAUAGUCAAUUUCAUUGUGGGGUCGCUAGUGUUUGUCCUUGUGACCUACUUCUUCAUUGUAACCACCAUCUUACGCAUCCCUAGCAGUGAAGGGAGGAGGAAGGCAUUUUCCACUUGUGCUCUACACCUUACCAUUGUCAUCAUCUUUUUUGGCAGCACCAUCUUCAUGUACAUCCACAUUAAGACAAUCAGUGUCUUCAACUUCAACAAAGUAGUAUCAGUGUGGCGUGGUCGUCAGCUUGGAUAUGCAGCAGAAUUGGACCUGGAAGUGGAGAUGGACAUGAGAGAGGCCCCUGGCAGGGAGCCUGUGGAUCCUGGAGCAGGAAGGGCUGUGGUGGAGACAACCCCGGCGGUGGCAAUUGCUGUUACCCCUUCAGGGGUAGCUGUACACCCGGAAGAUUUUGAUCUCCUGGGCUUCUCCUUUGAGGGAAAAUAUUACAUGGAUAGGGCCCUACCCAUGGGAUGUUCGGUAUCUUGCGCCUCUUUUGAGCGGUUUAGUUCCUUUGUGGAAUGGGCGCUUCGGAUUAAGUCUGGGUUGAACAACACGGUGCAUUACCUGGAUGACUACCUUUUCGUGGGCCCGGCAGGGUCUGGGCAAUGCAACAGGUUGUUACGGUCAUUUGAGGACCUGGCAGGGGAGCUAGGGGUCCCGUUGGCCCAUGAAAAAACAGAGGGGCUCAGCUUGGUGAUUACCUUUUUAGGCAUCGAGCUGGACACUAUUUGGCAAGCUUCACAGCUGCCUGCAGAUAAAGUGGAGGGUCUGAGGGAUCAUUGA